GGUUCGUAGAAGGGAGGAGACAAGAGAACUUUGUUAACCAAAGAGGGAGCUGCUUGGAUAUAAAACUAUGAAGCUGGUCUAGGUUAUCCUUUAUUAAGCACAUGCAACGCCGAUAAGUGUGCAGAAGGAGUUCAGGAGUCAAACACAGCUGACUGAUGAAAAUGGCCAAACCGGUUGGAACGUUAGACGAACUCAAAGCUGAGUUACGCGAAGCUUUCGAACAUGACCCGGUCGACGUGGAUCAUGUCAUGCACUUGAUGGAAUCCUACAAGAGCAAUCCGGCCGAAUGGAAGCAAUAUGCCAUAUUUGAUCGAUACAAGUACACAAGAAAUUUGGUUGACGAAGGCAAUGGCAAAUUCAAUUUGAUGAUACUCUGUUGGGGUGAGGGCCACGCUUCACCCAUUCACGAUCACGCCGACUCUCACUGCUUCAUGAAAAUGUUGGAGGGGACGCUCAGAGAGGUGCGAUUUGAUUGGCCAAAGGAAAACGACUGUUCGGCGACAGACGCUGCGUGUGAACAAUUGAACCAAAAAGGCUCCUCCUUGCUGGAAUUGAAUAAAGUCUGUUACAUCAACGAUUCGAUGGGAUUACAUCGUGUGGAGAAUCCCAGUCACGUAGACGGUGCAGUUUCACUGCAUCUGUACAGCCCUCCUUACGACACGUGUCACAUAUUUAACCAGCAGACGGGAAAAAAGGCUGAAGCUAAAGUGACGUUUUGGAGCCGAUAUGGCGCAAAAGUUUCACCGGUAACGACUCCCGAGUCUUGUACUCCGGUGGUUAACAGCUGUUGCACUGAAAUCACGGAGUAGGCAAAAGAAAGGCCAAGAACAUGAAUUUCAGAGUGAUUGAAACGGCAGUACCGGAAAUAGCCGCAUCCAAUUCAAAUCCAGGCACCUCUUACAAUUUGAAUCCUCCUCAAUCAUUGCCUUACAAAUUUGUGGUAAUCCCACUGUCUUAAAUGAAAAAUUUCCAUUCUUUUUUUUUAAUCUUAUGAGUACUUGAUUUAUUUUUGACGAAGGAUUCGCUCCGGAUUUCAGUUUUUUUUUUUCAUGAUUAAUAGAACAUCCAGAAUAAUAUUAUAUGAUUCGACAAAAAAUAUAUAAGAAAAAAAAAUUUUUACCUUUUAUUUUUCUUCGUUUAGUCACGCCGGUUUUGAAGUGAAAUCUCUGAAUUUUACAAAUGAAAAUUGCGUUUCACGUACGUGUCUGUGCUGGCAGUUUUACAAGGCGUGACGUUAUCUGACGUACCAAAUCAGAUAAAGCCAAAGAGGAACAACAGACGAAAUUAUCUUGUUUGUUUGAGAGGUUCUUGCAUAAUUUGUGAUAUAAAACUCCUCUCUCCAAAUAUCAAAUUACAUCCACACUUUUUUU